CAUUUGACAGAGCCCCAAAGGAACUACCUGAGGUCUGUUGGUACUUUCCGAAUCCUUCCAAGAGCAACGCAGGAUGUACUGGUGACGACUUACAUCGCCAGUAUCAAUGGUCUCUUGCCAAUCCUCGAUUCUGGAAAAUUGUUUCGCCAAUAUUCUAGCGGGCAGGCUUCGAGAUAUCUGAUCCAAGCUAUCUGUCUAGUGGCAUGCAAGACUCAACAGGCAGUGCCAUAUCUACGACUGUCCGAAAAGGGAGCACUGCUAACUCCUAUUGAAUUUGCGAGAAAGAUCUAUAUUGGCCUUGAUGCUGCUAUGAAAGCUGAUUUUGAGCCAAACCGCGUUACAAAGAUCCAAAUCUUGGCUCUUCUGCAUGUGUACAACGAUGGGACGUACGGCAUAGAGGAUUCUUCCGCGCAUCUAUCUCAGGCCAUACAGCUGGUCUGGGCGUUGAAGAUACAUUUUCACUGGCCUGGCCGCUCGACCGAGGACGAGCUCAGCAUGCUAUGGUGGUCAUUAUGGAGUCUUGAUCGAUUUAAUGCCUGUAUUAGCUGCACGCCGAUCAUGAUUAGAGAUAGAGACAUACAACUAGCUCGACCACCGUUAGGAUCUGACCAUCAACUUCAGGUGAUGGCCAUCUGGCUCAGACUUGGAGACCUGCUAGGGGAGGUGUUUGAUCUAUACCGACCCGUAGUAGCCGAGAAUCUGAUCGAGUGGGGCGACGAGUUCAUCUCGUUCUCAAAGCUCACUGAUGGCUUGGAAGCCCGUAUGUUCCAGCCAUCACACUGGGUUGCUUUGGAACUAUGCUUUCAAGUAGUAGCUAUUCUCUCGUGUCGCUAUAACAAGCCUGGAUCCGUAUCCUACAAACGUCGUAUUACUGCCUGCGAUCGAAUUCAGACACUGAUGUCUGAGAAUCGCCACACGCAAUUACCUCCCUUACCUGUAAUUCCGUACGCAGCCACCCUAUCUUUGACAGGCGGACUCUGCGUAUUACGAGAUGCGCAAAGGGAACGGAAAAUUGCGCAAAAAGACGUCGCUGUACGUUCUCAGAUCCUGGAGAAGUUAAGUUCCUGCUGGCAGAACACGGAGGUGGUGGCAAAGCUAGGCAGA